GGUCAUUCCCAGAUUUCUCAUGCCCCGAGAGAUAACAGGAGAGACCGUAGGAGAGGUUAGAGCAGUCUCAGGCAUGCACCAAAGGAAGGCCGAGAUGGCUCGCCAGGCCGACGCCUUCAUCGCUUUGCCCGGUGGUUAUGGGACCCUGGAAGAACUCCUUGAAGUGAUAACCUGGGCUCAGCUAGGAAUCCACGAAAAGCCGGUAGGUCUGUUGAACGUUGAUGGCUACUACAAUUCUCUGCUCUCAUUCAUUGACAAGGCUGUAGAUGAAGGAUUUAUUACACCUGCUGCUCGCCAUAUCAUCAUCUCUGCCCAAACUGCCCAUGAGUUGUUGUGCAAGCUUGAGGAAUACGUGCCGAUGGACGAUGGCGUUGCACCCAAGCUCAGUUGGGAGAUGGAGCAGUUAGGCCACUCGCCAAAGUCAGAGAUCGCCCGUUGACUAAACCGCGUACAUGUCUUGACAAAUACUCGAGCUUGGUCCUUUGUACUUUUUUUUUCCUUUUUUUCUUUGUCUUCCUCUAAUCUGAAUGUCCGCCAGGCAUGUAGUUGAUCCAUAUCUCAUCGUUUACUCUCUCACUUAUGUCUGAUGUGGAGGUGGGUCCCCUCGUGGCUUGUCCCCUUCACCUUCUUUUCCGGGGUUCGACUUUUUUUAUUACAAUGCCACAAAAAUGUAGGUGAACAAGCAGUGCUUCUCUACU